UCAGUGUUUCAGAGUCAAGGUAUGUUAACGUAAACCCACUCAGGUGAAGUUCAGCCCUGGAACAGCCUUGUGCGUCAUUGCGGAACUGUUGUCAACUGUGUGAAGACGUACAACCCACAUAACUUAUUUUUUUUAACAGCAAGGCCCUUUGAGUCAAUAAUUGGAUGUGCCAGAAUUUUCUUCAGCUGAACAAAGACAAAACUGAGGUCGUACUUUUUGGAGCCAAAAAGGAAAGAUUAAAGCAUCCAUGGACUCUCUGGACUUAGUGAGCCCUUACCUGUUCAAGCACAGAAAGAGGAACUUUUUGGUCCAGGAUGAAUUGCGACCGGCGGACCUUGAUGCUCUGCAGCAUUUUGAGACCCGUCCUACUGAUAUCUUCCUCAUCACAUACCUUAAGUCAGGCACAGCAUGGAUGCAGCAGGUCCUGGUCCAGAUCAUGGAUGCUGCACACCCUGACUUGGCAGAAAAUGCCACCAAUAGGGCACGAAUUCCUUGGCUGGAGGAGAGAACCGCAGACAAUCCUUUACGAGAAAGGCCAGAUCCUCGGAUCUUUGGCUCGCAUCUCGCCCCCGACAUGUUGCCCCAGGGAGUGAAAGCCAAACAACUCAAGGUUGUGUAUGUUUGGAGGAACCCCAAGGAUAUCCUGGUGUCCCUUUAUCACUUUGCCCACAGUUGGGUGAUGUUGGAAACACCUCAGAGCUUUGAUGAUUUCUUUCAGCAGUUCCUGGAUGGUAAUGUUUACAUGGGAUCAUGGUUUGAUCACGUGCAAGAAUAUCACGCAGCACGACACCAACUGAACAUCAAUUUUGUGCAGUAUGAGAACAUGUUGAAGGACCUCAGAGGGGAAGUUGUGAAGCUUUGUGCUUUCCUGGGAAAAAAGUUGACAGAUGAAGCCAUUGAUCAUGUUGUGGAGACGUCCACCUUCAAAAACAUGAAGGCCAACCCCAAAGCAAACUACAAGGACUUCGAUAAAACCAACCGCUACGUGAAGGAAACCAUGCGCAAAGGUAAAGCAGGUGACUGGAAGAAUUUCUUCACAGUGGCCCAGAAUGAACAUUUUGACGGGGUGUUCAAGGAGAAGGCGGGCAACUUGCCUCUGACCUGCACCUGGGAGAUAAAACAGUAGCUCCUCUUAAAUUCAGCUCAGCCCUUAACUGGAGAGAGUCUCCCUCAACAUGGCCUGACAGUCACAAAAACAGUGAUUCACUCCCUCAGUGAUGAACAGUCCCUAUGAAAACUGUCCAUGUGAAAAUAUGCAUUGCUGUAAUUUGGGUGAACUGACCCUUUAAAUAAAGAUAUU